AUGUUAAAACCUGGUGAGAAUGACGUUUGUUCCAAUCGGAACGGGUCUGAUUAUUUGCGUGCAACCCUUUCGGCAUCACUUAAUCCGGAUGCGCGUGCUAGAGUCGAUAAUCUGGUUCAAGAGGUGGCCUCCCUGAAGGACAUAGAGAAACUUUUAUUUUGUUUGCUUCUACCCAUCGACAACAAUGGUGGGCAACAUUCCUUUAUCGGUUCGGCUCUCACCCUCCAUCCUGAAGACACGGAUCUCCCUGGACAUGGUUUUGAGCUUAGUACUCUUGGAGUCGGCCUUUUUUCUCCGGGUGGAUCUUCGUCCCUUCAUUUAUCCAACCAAGUCGAACAGAGCCAGGCGUAUACUUGGAUUAUGUCGCACUUGGAAGAGCAUCCUUCCACAUGUCUGCGCAAGGAUGAAGUUUACGAGGACUACCGAGCCUAUUGUGAUAAACAUCAUAUGAAGACGCUCAACACCGCUGAUUUCGGCAAGGUUAUGAAACGCGCCUUUCCCAACGUGAAGCCUCGGCGACUUGGUCAACGGGGUCAGUCUAGAUAUUGUUAUGGUGGUAUGAGGAAAAAAAUGGAGGUCCAACCACCAUUCCUGCCAGACUUAACUGACGAGGCUCUCGGUAUGAGUGCUCAAGGUCGUUCAACCACUUCUCCCGCCAGCAGUUCCGAGACAAGUGGAGAGCUUGGUUCGCAUCGGCGCCGAAUCUCAUCCACCAGUCCUUUGACUCGUCUGUUGUGUGCCAAUGGGUCAGAGUUGGAUCACGCUGUUUGGGCUGAUGAGCCUGGCAUCCGAAGCGCCCUUGGUGUUCGCGGUUCGGUUGUUUCGGACGUUGCGCAUAUUUUGCUAGAGUAUGCUCAACAAGUUUUCGGUGUACACUUCCAAUCUCUUUUCCACCUGGCGCAGCAUUUGGUUUCCAAUCGUUACGUGAACUCCCGGUCCCGGUAUGCGUUCUCCCUAAUCGCACAUGCUGCCUCUGCUCCCGCCUCGUCGCUCUCACCACCUCCCUCUGCCGCACUGGCAGAAGCACUCCAGAAAGGCAUCCGAUCAUACCUUGCUUCCGUUCUUUUACCGAACUGCAUGUCGUUUCCCCGCCAGGUCUCCCCAAAUCUGCGUUUGAUCGCGUUAGUAACGGCCGUCGAAAAUCAGGUGUCCCCGUCCAUGAAAACGGCAAUGACCGGCGCAGCUGAGUUUGCGGCUAGUGGCUCUCACACUUCGCUGCCAAGUCAUUGUUUGACCGUCUCUGGCUCUCUUCCACCCUUCACGUGGUUGUACGAAAAGAUUCCUUCGAGAAAUUCGGUCGACUGGCAUACGCAGCACAUGGCCAAGCCAGCGCAACCUACGCAGUGUGAUCAGUUCUCGAGGGUGUUAUUUCUCCCGAAUACCAUCAUUCAGUUACGGCUGACUGAUCAGCAUGACUUAUCACGGACGCCUACCCGACACACCCAAGUUCCAGAUUCGCCCAUUCCAGUCUCCACGCCGACAGCACACCAUCCUGUAACGGCUGCCGCCCAAAAUCCCUUACUAGGUGGUACAAACCGUGGGUUUUCCACGGACGCUACACCAUCAGCUCCCCAUUCAGACCUCAGUUCGAGCCGUCUCCCGCCUUGUUCCACCCCGCAACCAUCGUAUCGUCCAUACCAAGCCAACUUCUCACCUCAGACCUCAUUACCACCCUCCUGUUUGGGCGGUGGUUUAUAUGCUGCUGCGGCUGCCUUAGCCUCACAAACUGGCGCGCCAUCGAGCUGUUCCCCGUAUCUUUUCAAUUCCGGACGUGGUGAUUCUUCCGCGUUGAAAAAUUCCUCUGCAGCCGUCGCCCUGGCAGCUGCCGCGGCUGCUGCUGCACGCCAAGCGGGUUUUCCACAUUUCAACUCAAACUCCACACCCUCAGGUUAUUCAGCAUCCAUUGGCAUCAUCCCCGGUCGCUCCUCUCCGAUACCACCUGCCUCUCAGUUUGAUGUACUCACACCACCAACGGCUCAUAAGGAAAAGGCAACAAGUUUCCCAACACCGUCAACACCUGGUUCUAAUACAUCUGAGACUCCCUACCAUCAGAUUGCUGGAUACCAUUCUCCUGUGGGAGGCAGUGGUACCAUUUAUGCAGCUCACCAACAAACUCCACCCUACACUUCAUUGCAACACACACCGGCACCUUUACCUCCCGGAGUUGGAGCUAGAAGUCCAUACACACCUACGGCUAAUCCUGGGACCGGGGUUUCGGACACAACUCAGUCGACUUUCAAACGAAGCAUCCCGCCACAUCCGGUGGAGGCUCCUGGUGCAUACGAACCAUCGCCUCGCUUCCAUCUUGGUGGUCAGAGUCCGAACAAGCGUGCUCGUUAUUUGUCCACGGCUUCUGGAGGAUCUAGUGGGACAACUCCACUUUCAGCUGAAUGUCCGCCGCUCAGUAGUGGAAGCACUGCUGAUAGUAUGGAUGCACCGUUUGGUGAUCCCUCCAGCGGAUUGGCUCAUGGGAGUGUGUCAUCGUCGUCUCCCGCCAGUAGCGCUGGAAGCAGUACCAGAGGUGCCUCACAGCAACCAACUCCUUUGUCUAUGGGACCGGGCUACGCCAGCCAGCUUGGGACCGGCGAAUCACAAUCGGGAACUAUUGCGUCACCUUAUUACUCUAGCAGAUAUGAAGGCCUGGAAAUGAGGAGUCCAGCGCCCCACCACCACCACCAAAUGGAUAGAGUGAGCAGGCUUCCAAACCUGACUGCUGCACCGCUCGAUUCUUCCCUCUGGGGGACUUCCAGUGUGAAUCGCAACGCGAACAAAAUCUCAGUGACACCAGGUAGUACAACUGGUCAGCAAGGCUAUGGACCGACUACCACUGAUGCGCGCCCAUCAAGCACCGUUUUUCGGCCACCUGUAACUCCUUUCAUUUUGGAGCUAGAGGACGAUGACGACCUGACAAACAUGCCACGUUUAGGUGCAUCUCCAGGACCUCAGAUACCCCCAAGCUCACCGACGGAAUUCCUUCCGUUCUACUCCGAGGCCGCUUCGAAAUCUGUUCAGGCUAAACGAAAAUUAUGUGGAUCUCACGCCACAAAAAGUCGGCCAGGCUCCGAAGGUGAAGAAUGUGGAAGUGGCACGGGUUCCAGUUGUUCACCCGGAGGAGCUUCUGUGGGGGCAGAUUGCAACGAAUUUCGCAAUUUCGUGAGUUCUCAUUUGGAAACUCCUCCGUCUUCCGCACUUAUGCCAUCUGCUACUGGUCAGUUGUGCUCGGACCGUUUGGUGUCGCCUGAUUCUCCCACGUCGGACAAUUCGUGUGACAGGACGUUGACCAACUUUGAUCAGUACGGCGAAGUCAACACUCCCCCUAUGCCUGAAGGUUUAGCCUCUGCGCCAUCGCCUUCCGACAUGCUAGCAACCGAUGCUCUCGUGCAACAGAGACAGGAGCUGCAAAGUGAGCUGUCUACGCCAGGUCCCGCUGACUCUGAUAGAUCUCUUGUUCUAAAGCCGGAACUGACUCCAACAACCAGUCGCAGCAAUCCAUCAGACGUUGGUAUACCAGCAUUUUGA